AUGAGUGGGGCAACAUUAACACCGCUUAUAAUGCUCAUCUCUUUGGCCAUUGCGGCUGCACAGCCAGCGGGCUAUCCAAGCGCUCGUCCCCCGGCCACGUAUUUGCCGGCCAAGCCACCAGCACCACCGCCACCGAAGCCACCACCAAAGCCAGCACCACCCAGCAACAGUUAUGGUCCACCCAAGAACGGCAAACCACCGCCGGCGCCACCUCGUGAUAGCUACGGACCACCGCCAAGCAAUGGCAAUCAAAACUACUUGCCGCCCUCUAACGGAGGAGGGGGCAAUGGCGGUGGAGCUGGGGGCAAUGGUGGUGGACAGGAUAUACCCAUUAUAAAGCUGGAGUCGAAAAUCAACAGUGAUGGCUCCUACAAGUACGAAUACGAAACAGGAAACGGAAUCAAGGCAGAGGAGAUGGGAUAUCUGAAGAAUGCCGGCGUGGAAGGUGCCGAGGCGCUCACCGUUGAGGGCUCCUUCUCCUACAGCAGUCCCGAGGGCGAACAGAUAUCGCUAACCUACAUUGCCGACGAGAAUGGAUUCCAGCCGCAAGGCGAUCAUCUGCCCACACCGCCGCCCAUUCCCAUCGAGAUCCAGGAGGCACUGGACAAAAUUGCAGCUGGUGGCGGCUGUCAUGGUUGCGAUGACAACGAAUCUGGCGGCGGAGGCGGUGGCAACAAUGGGGGCUACGUCUAUCGCUGA